CUUUUAACAUUUUACUCUUUUAAACUGUAAAUUAUUUCCAUUUCUUUAAAAUGCAUUUUUCUACUGGUUGCAUUAUUAUAUUAUUGGGUUUAUUCUCCAGUGUUAUGGCUAAUGACGAUUGUACAGUAGAUUGUCCCUUAAUUUAUGAGCCAGUUUGUGGCACUGUCAAAAAUUUGCAAGGCAAAAGUAUAAAAUGUACUUUUGGAAAUGAAUGUGAGUUGAAAAUUUUCACGUGUACAACAAAACAAGAAUUGAUUGAAGCGAAUGGAGAGUGUAAAGAAGAUUUUUCAGAAUGUGACGCCCUUUUCGAUGGAUUAUAAGAAUUGAACGUUUUUAUAAAAGUAAAUAUGUGUAAAAUGUAACUACUAAAAAAAUAAUAAAGUUAAACGCAGAAAUAUUUAUAAAACUAUA